AUGCGGUGUCCCAAGAGCCUCCUGCUCGCCAUUUGCGCGACUCUUGUCGCCUCGAAUCCUGUGAAGAAUGGGUGGCCAACGACAGCAAACUGGGCUACAACUCGAGGCUGGCCACAUCAGUCUCCACCGGCGCAACAAACUGAAUUAUCGCAGACACCCCCGCCAGAGCCAGCUUCGUCGAGGCCUUCAUCAGUUCCUGCACCGACCUGUCAAGGAUAUUUUGAACCCACUGCUCCACCUUACUUGAACGACCUGGCCCAAGCAGCAGGGAAGUUGUAUUUCGGAAGUGCGACGGAUCAGCCCGGGACAGGUGAAGAUGAAAACAUUCUAUACCAAACCAUUCUCAACAAUACUCACAUAUUCGGCCAAAUCACACCUGCAAACUACAUGAAAUUCUGCGCCACAGAGCCUGAGCAAGGAGUAUUCAAUUUCACUGGUGGACAGGUGGCGGUUGACAUUGCCAAAGACCGCGGGAAAUACCUGCGGUGCUACAACCUCGUGUGGAACUCUCAGUUGAGCGACUGGGUCAUCGAUGGCACCUGGACAGCGGAGACGCUGACAGCAGUCAUGGAAAACCACAUAAAGACACUGAUCACGCAUUUCCAGGAUCACUGCUAUGCUUGGGACGUCAUAAAUGAGGCACUCUUUUGCAACGGGAGCUUUUCUCCUAGCAUCUGGUAUGAUACCAUUGGACCCAAGUACUUCAUCCUUGCCUUCCAAUUUGCCCAAGAAGCUGUCGAGGCAACUGGGAAGGACAUCAAACGGUACUACAACGACUACGGCAUUGGCGACACUGGUAACAAGACGCAAGCAGUGUAUGGCCUGAUUAAAGAAUUGCAAUCCCGGGAAAUCCGUAUCGACGGCAUCGGGCCCGAAUCUCAUUUCAUCGUUGGAGAGACACCGAGCCGUGAAGAGCAAGCUGCGGCCAAACAAGGCUACGUCUCCCUUGGGGUCGAAGUCGCCACCACGGAGCUUGACAUACGGUUCGAGUUCGCGAAUGCCACCAACGCGACCGGCUUCGCCAUCCAGGCUCAAAACUACUACGACUCGGUGGCUAGUUGCAUCGAUGUCGACGGCUGCGUCGGAAUCACUGUGUGGGACUUUGACGACCAGUAUUCCUGGAUCCCGUUGACGUUUGAGGGCCAAGGUGCUGCUACGCUGUACAAUGGGGACUUUACGAGAAAGCCCGCUUAUUACGCGGUCGGGGAUGCUCUGCAGAGCACGCCUUGCUCUGUGCGUUCUGCAUAG